AUGACGAAGUCCGUUGAAAAGCGCCAAAUUAAAGAUUGUACAGCUUUGAAGGAGAAGAUACUCAUGACACGAAAAAAAUCUUACUUCGGGGAUCUCAGCAACGCGAGCUGCUACAGCUGUUGCUUCAACCUGAUUAAGAUUUGUCAGACUCUGCAACGACUUCGGAGCACAUACAUUCAGACCCCAGCAAAGGGUGCCGCUCACACGAAAUUCGAGGAAGGCUUUCGGUAG